UUUGAUUUGGUCCUUCGGAAUUUCUCCAGUGCGCGUCGCUUUAUCCAUCGCUGGCAAAGCUGCGUCGUCCUCCACCGACCCAUCGUUCUUCGCCGGCUUCCUUCAUCCUCGGUGAACUCUCCUUCUCAGUUCCUUUCUACUUCCUCCAUCUGUUUCCUAGUUCUCCUCCUUCCGGCUGAUAUACCUCCAUCUCCAUCCAGUCCACCACCGUAGCUGAAUCUCUCCCAAUCCACCAUCGCUGAAUCCCCCCACCGUCUUCUUCAGGUGCGUUGUGCAUUGAUGCCUUACUGUUGUUGCCCAAUUGCUGCGGCACACUUGACAAUAUUGAUGCUAUCCUGCCCCCUUCUUAAAUCUGUGAAAUUUGAAGCUGAAGCAGAGCUCUACAGUGGCCAGCAAAAUGGUGUCUGGCUUAAUAAAUGCUAAUCCUAUAGUCUAUGAAAAGAAAGAGCGUCGAACUCGCACCAUGCCCACCUUUGCUGAUGAAAAUGCUGCAGAACCAAUAGACCAACAAGAAAUUUUUGAUCAUUUAAGGGAUAUCAAAGACCCAGAGCACCCAUACUCCUUAGAAGAGCUCAAAGUAAUAACUGAGGAUGCAAUUGAAGUUGAUGAUGAGCAUAGUUAUGUCAGGGUUACGUUUACUCCUACAGUUGAACAUUGUAGCAUGGCAACUAUCAUAGGUCUAUGCUUACGGGUGAAACUCAUGAGGAGCCUUCCUCCACGCUACAAGGUGGACAUCAGAGUAGCGCCUGGAUCUCAUGCGACUGAAGCUGCAGUUAACAAACAACUAAAUGAUAAAGAACGGGUGGCUGCCGCACUGGAAAAUCCAAAUCUGCUGGAUAUGGUUGAUGAAUGUUUAGUUCCGUCUUUUGGUUGAAGGACCUUGUAUCCCAUGAUGCAAUAAGACUGUAGUUCCUUUAAUGGUUGGACCUGAUCAGUUUCAUCAGUUGGUGGCUAUUGUAUUUGUGGUAUGACUGUAAGCUCAUUGAUCAUGCAAUUUUUGCCUACUAUACGUGAUUUGAGUUACAGAUAGGAAUACGCAGCUGAAAAAGUCGUAGAUGUGUUAUUUUCUGUAUGAUUCUUUGAUGAGCUCCGGAAGAGGACAAAUAUGUUUUUCUUCUCUCAUGUUUCUUUUCUUGGUUUUGUUAUACUUUUUUCUUGGUUCUGUAAAUUGAAUAUUGGGAAAAAAAAAAUCAGCUGUAUUUAUCUGGUAGGAACUAUAUUGGGCUUUGCGUCUCUGCACCAUUUAAGGUGGGUGGUAUGUGAAUAGUGAAAAUGGCCUCGUGCCAAGGAUGUUGAAUCCAAGACUUAACAAUGACGUUAUUUUAA